AUGGCGGAAAGUGGGGGUACACAAGAAGAGGACGAUAAAGUUUCUGGACGUGUCAAGGACGUUUUGUGUCAACCAUGUUUAAAUAAGGAUAAGCAAAAUGUAGCUGAUAAGUUUUGUUCAACUUGCAAUGAAUUCCAGUGUACUGAAUGUUCAAAUGUACACACCGUACUUGCUAUUCUCAGAACUCACAAAUUAGUGAACGCGAAUGAAACUGUCACGAAACAAAACUCGUUUGAUAUGAAAGGAUUAGACCGAUGUAAUCAACAUAAUAAGAUUAUAAAAUUCUUCUGUGAAGAUGAGAAUCGGCUUUGUUGUAGUACCUGCGCUAUAGUUGACCAUCGUAAAUGUGACAGCGUUGUAGAAGUUCAGAAGCUUGCUGGGAAUUUGAAGUCUCCAAAUUCAUUGGUAAAAGAAAAAUUGCAGGCUACCAAAGAAAAAGCUGAGGACAUUAUUAAACAUGUAAUGUCUUCAAAUGAGAAAUUGGAGCAGGACGUGUAUAGAAUUCCAGAAACAAUUAAUCAUGUGCGAGAUAAAGUAAUUCGAAUGUUUGACGAUUUGGAAGUUGUCAUCAUUAAAAGAGUAAAAUCUUUUCACGAAGAAACACUUAAAAAACGUACAAUAAAACAAUCGCAAACAGAGAAUUAUUUAUCUGAUACAACAACGCGUUUGGAAAUAAUUAAUAGCGUUUAUAGACAUGGAAGUUUAGCACAACAAUUUAUUGUAGAAAAGAAAAUGGAGAUGAUGCCACUACUCUAUACAGACACGUGA